AUGGUUUUAGUUCAAGAUCUGUUACACCCAUCUGCUGCCUCUGAGGCCAAGAAACACAAGCUCAAGACUCUCGUGCAAGAGCCAAGAUCGUUCUUCAUGGACGUGAAGUGCCCAGGCUGUUUGCAAAUCACCACUGUGUUCUCCCACGCUCAAACUGCCGUUACCUGUGACUCCUGUACCACUGUUCUGUGCACCCCAACUGGAGGUAAGGCCAAGUUGUCUGAGGGAUGUGCGUUCAGAAGAAAUACUGCUGUGGAGCGUACAUUGGGGCCAUUGGCUGCUGCUGGUAGUAUUGUUGUGGGUAUUGUUGUGGGUACUGUUGUGGGUACUGCUGCUGGUACUGUUGCUGCUGGUAUUGCUGUGGAUGAGGUCCAACCGGCGGAGGAGUAG